UUAACAGCAAUUACUAUUACUUCUUUUGGUGCAACGUUUUUAGCAGCAAUUAUUGUUGAUAGACAAGAUGUUUACAAAAAUUCCGUUAUUGCUUGCUUUAUCUUGUGUUUGUGCAAUCUCAUUAUUGCAAUGUUCUUCAGCAUUCGUCUUAGGAGAUCUGACAGUACGUGAUUUUCAGGCCUCCGUUCAACAUGUUGACCCAUUUUUGUCACAUUUAGAUGUCAACUCCAUAAAGGCAUUCGAAACUGCAACAUUUGGAGAUGAGUCUGUUCAACGACCAAGUGACUCAAAGCAAAAACGUUCGGAUUUGGCUUUGACAAGCGGAAAUGAUGGCGUAGCUGUCCAAGUAGAAAAACGUGUUGCAGGAUUAUUCACAUUGGCUUAUGAAUUUGCAAGAAUUGCAGUUUCUCCCAAUAUCUAUGCUGGCGCUGUCAACGGAUUAAGUUUCGCAUGCACAAUUGCAAGUUUAACGGUUCCCAAAAUUCCCACUGCGGUAAAGUUUCCAUGUGCAGUAAUAGCAUUCUUUGGACCAGUUAUCAGUGUCCUUACGGGUCAAUCAGACGUUAAAAAAGCAUGGAAAGCCUUUAAGGAUACAAAUUCUCCCAGGCAAAAGACAUUUUAUCAAAUGUCUACCAUGGCAUUGAACCUUCAUCCUCCUCCAAGAGGCAGAAGAAGUAUUGGUAACUCGGAUUUGUAUAAUCAAACUUUGAUGUAUGUUUCUAGUUUGCAUGCCGAUGUUUCCCAUAACAACUUUAUCGCAAAACGAAACCAUUUUGUCGACCCAACAACGAAGCAACUCGUUUCGAUCAACCACUUUAGAGGCACAAAUCAAACCCAUCCUAAACGCGUUGGCGCUUACAAUUCUUGGCUUCAUCAUUACCAUGUGGUAGACAUGUAUUGGCAUACACACAUGGGUAAACAAUAUCUGGCCGCCUCUUCCGUACCCAAACAAGAACAUGCGAAACGUAAUUGUCACAUUGACAGUCCCGUAGGAGAUAAUGAGGUUGAUCAAAUUGGUAGUGCAAAUGAUGAUUACAUUGCAGGAUGUGAUAACCCUUCUCCUGUUACGUGGAGCUAUGCUCAAGAUACAGUUGGUUCCCUAGGAGAUUUCCAAGACGUUGACAGUAAUAUUGGAAAUUAUGACGAGAACUUACGCUUGAACAGCGGAUGGGACUUUGGUAAUCGAUUGGUAAACAAUAUGGCAGACCAGAAGUGGAGCAAAGGAUGCAUUUGCAUUGCCGACGUAAAAGACAAUAAAAUGGUCUCAACAGGUUUGGUUAGAGCAGAUAAUAAAGCAGAUCAAUGGGACGGUUUGGAACAAUGUAACGAAUCGAACCCAGCCUGUGAAUCUGCUACCAAAAGUUCAUGAAGAGGUAUUCCUCUUUCGUCCAGCUUUAUACUUCCCAUUUACAGACUCAUCUUCCUCUCAAAUGCUUCAUAAAGAGGUAAUACUCUUUCGCCCUGCUUUAUGCUUCCCCUUUUACAGACUUAUCUUCCGCUCAGUGCCUUCAUUAUCUACUUUUGCUCCCUUGAACUAUCGUACCCCCUAUGAUAACUGGAAUGGCAAAGAUUCUUUCCGAAAAUCUAAAGAGUGAUUUUCUGCUUGAAAACGGAUUUAUCUAAUCAAACUUUUGCAGAUUUCUG